AUGGCUGCUAUUGAAAUGAUGGAUCCCAGGAUGGAUGCUGGUAUGAUUUGAAAACAAGUUAAUCGAAAAGUUCUCAAUUUUGAACAAGCUAUCAAGGAUGGCACCAUUAAAAUUAAAGAUCUCACCUUGCCUGAAUUGAUAGGGAUAAUGGAUACCUGUUUUUGCUGUUUGAUAACAUGGUUAGAAGGCCAUUCCUUGGCACAGACAGUUUCUACGUGCCUUUAUAUUCAUAAUCCAGACUUCAUAGAAGAUCCUGCUAUGAAAGCUUUUGCCCUGGGAAUCUUGAAGAUCUGUGACAUUGCAAGGGAAAAAGUAAAUAAAGCUGCUGUUUUUGAAGAG